GCCAUUAUGUUAACUGCAAGACUUGAGGAGGACAGCGAAGCAAAUGCCAAAUGUUUGUCCUUUCUGAUUCUGACAUUAUUUCUUCAAAACAUUGAUAACUAGCUACUUCUGACAUGCAGUAUACACCCAGCUCCUCAGCCAUGAUCGCUGAUGCCCCGUAAAACAAGAAAGACAUAUUUGCCAAACUCACAGAAGCCGUCGCUGUUGUUUUUUGAGACACCACUUGAUGACGCCAGAUACCACAACGUGCCUCAAGUGAGAGGCGCACUCAAUCCCAAUUCAUUUCUGGUUGAGGAGCAGCGACAGAACAGCUGCACAGCCUGUAGUUCUUGGCAAGAUGAAACGGAGACACCAACACCGAGAACUUCUCUCAGGAAAGGGACAGCUGAGAGGAGACGGUUGUCAGAGGUAACACUGGAAGAUGCAGCAUCAACCUCCGGCAGAUGUGUGGGGGUCCUUAGAAUGGCAGCUGCCAAUGUUGCCAGACAUGGCAAGAGCCCAGCGUCAUGCUCUGCUCGGACUCCUGCCUCAGCAACACACCACACCCCUGGCACAGACAAUGUCUUCUCCCCACCUGAUGUAGAGACUCCAGAAUUACACCAUGAUGGUAGUUCCUCCUUUCUUCGCUUCCUGUUGCCUGCGUCACAGCCGAUGACCCUGCCACACACCGUGACUUCAGAGAUUUUAGCAACAGACACCCCAGAGAGGGACUAUGGAGUCAAGGUUACAUGGAGGAGGAAAGGGCUGAUGAGGUUGCUGAGGGACUGAGGUUAUCUUUCAAGUGCAGGGGCACUGAUUAGCAUCUAAUCAACAUUACUGUAAAUGUUGACAUUUUAUUAUCAUGUUCUGCAAUUAACACUGAAUUGUAGUUAACACAACAUGAAUACAUUAGUCCACUGAUUGAAAGUGAUAUGCUGCAAUGACUAUAAUCGAGUCCAUUCAAUUGUUUUGCUGCUCGGGAUAACUUGGCAUGUUGUCCAUGUGCAGUUGGUAGUUCAGCCCAUUAUGGAUGUGGCUCUGUCUAGGUUCUUGUUUUCUUUGUACCCUGGGUCCACAUUAAAUCUUUUUUUUUUUUUUUUUAAAGGUUUUUCAAUUUAACAUAAAUACAUAAUGAAUUUCCGUGGUGUGAGUGUUACAACACUAGCUAGUAACUUGGGUAUAAAUAGAGGGGUCUAUUUACUAGCUACAUGUGUGGUAACAUGGCAUGCAGAAGCAAAGAAACCUGUCCAAUCACUGUCUAUAUAACUUGCCAUCCAAUAACAUUGUCAGUUGCCAACUUAGUGACUUUGUUGCUAUAUUUAGCAUGUAUUCAGACCCCUGUAGCGACUAGUGACAAAUGUAGCAACUUUCUGGUGUUUUUGGAGACUCUGACGUGAAAGCACAUAUUGUUCUUACUCUUCUCAACGAGCAGCAAGUGCUGCCGUGGGCCCCACCCCCAUCCCAAAGCAAUCACAGGCGGCCCAGUCCUCACGCAGCAGUCCCUCCCAGCUGCAGUCAGAGCAGGAGAUGUUCACCCCUCCGUGUCCAGACUGCAAAUGAAUUGUGCAUGCG